AUGGUCCUCAGCAGCAAUGAGAAGCGCGCAUUCUUCAGACAACAGUGCCGCGAGGCAUUGGCAGCCCAUAUCCAUGACCGACUCGGCCUUGUCGUUGCUCCCAGCCAAGUCCGUCUACAGCCAUCUGCCGGGGAUGGAUACGCUUGGUCGGUGACGGAAUCCAAGAAGAGUUUAUUGCAGUUGAACUUGGGCAGUGGAAGUGUCGGUUUGUAUCGGUCUAUUUGCGAAGAAUUGGGUCGGUCGCUCGAGGCAGUUGCUCCGCAGACGCUGCAGGUUGCCCAAUCCGAACGGGGCCACCUGGCAAAAGAGGAGACACGGCUGGCCCGGAGCGACGAAGUAGGAAGUGGUUCAUUUACGGCAAAAAUCCGCGAGUUGGAAUGCGCCAACUGUGAGAUGAGCGGCGAGCUUGACCGCACCCGCAUGCAUCUGAAGGACUCCCUCAGUGAAAGAAACGAGAUGCAGGCGGAAAUACUUCGGCUGCAGGACGAACUUGGCGGUGUAUCAUCUCGAGCCGGUCACCUGGAAGACGAGCUGGUUCGUGUCACGAGGGGAAUAAGGGAGGCAAUGCGGGUGUUGCAAGUCCAUCAAACGCAGGAGGGAAGCGCAUCAGAGCCUGGAGAGAGACAGGAUGUGUCUGUUGACAGCGUGGAUGGCACGGUGCUGGAAACACCGCCGUUUCUGAUACGCGCCGACGCGUCUUGA